AUGUUAAUGAUCGCCCCGCCUCUUUGACGCGCUUCAUCCCUCAACCUUCACAACCGUCCGAGGCACAUUGGAUUAAACUCAGAUAUAUGGCUCUAAACAUUAAUGUUACCUCUCAUAUCAGUGCUUUUAUUAUUUUGUAAAAAUUCCGCCAAAAAAGAGAAGACGGUUUACCUCAGAUGCUCCUCGCGAUUUCUCCCGCGUGUACGUGAACUGCGAGAACAGCUCAGGGGCUUGUGUCCACCGAGAGCGGUUCGAUUUCAACGCAGAGCCCCCUUGGGAUCCUAGCUGAUAGCUGGAGAGGUCGACCUCUGACCUGUCCCUGUAGGUUCACAUUGCUGUAUCCUCACUUCUGGUGUGCUACUUGAAUAUCGCUAGGACCCAAGAGCUCUGAGUGUUCUCAUAAAUAGGUGACCUGUUUUAUGCCAGUCAGAUUACGGAUGAGUAUGAAGGGAACGCCGGAUGAUCCGUACUUUUCUGUUGAGCUGCUGGAAGGAAGCGCAGCUCUCCGAGAUGUGAUCGAUAAACACAUCCACGAUCAAACUCUUGCACUGAAGAGUGCAUUUUUGGUUGCCGACUUAGGGGUGAUUGUGCGGCAGCAAGUUCGCUGGAGAACUAAAAUGGACCAGAUUCGGCCGUUCUACACAAUCAGGAGCAACAGCAGCCCUGUGGUCGUAGAAAUCCUGGCGGCUCUCGGCACGGGCUUCGUUUGUUCAAACAAACAUGAGCUGGACUUGGUGAAAGACUUUGGCGUCCCGUCUCAGGACAUCAUUCUCGGCGGCACGUGCAAACAGCUCUCCCAUAUCAAAUACGCAGCUAAACACAACAUCCCCCUCCUGGUUUGUGAUAACGAGGUGGAGCUGAGGAAGAUUGCACGAUGCCAUCCCAAAGCAAAGGUGUUGCUGCUGUUGACAUCGGAGAGGUGCUGCGAUCGAGAGGAGACGGCCCUACCGUUCGGCUCCACACUAAAGGACUGCAGACAUCUGCUGGAGCGUGCCAGAGAGCUCAGCUUGCACAUUACAGGAGUCAAAUUCAACAUUCCCAGUUGUUGUCAGGAUGCACAAGCGUUCUCCCGUGCGGUUUCUGACGCCCGCUGUGUCUUUGAUAUGGCGGAGGAGCUGGGCUUUGAGAUGAGUGUUCUGGACGUCGGAGGUGGCUUUGAUGGAAGUGAGGUGCAGUUAGACGAGGUCAACCAGAUGCUGAAACCCAUGCUGGACAUGUAUUUCCCUCUUUCGACCGGAUUGACCAUCAUCGCUGAACCCGGAGCUUAUUAUGUGUCUUCUGCCUUCACGCUGGCCGUGAAUAUAAUCGCCAAGAAAACAGUGGCUCGUGAUUUCAGUGGUCAACCACACAAUGCACUGUCUGCAAACGAUGAGCCUGAGUUUCUCUACUACAUGAACGAUGGGGUUUAUGGGUCUUUUGCCAGUAAGCUACUGUGUGAAGAUUCAAUAUCGAUGCCUUUGGCACACAAGGAGGUGAGCGCAGAAGAGCCGCUGUUCUCCAGCAGUCUGUGGGGUCCGUCUGAUGAUGAUCUGGAUCAGGUCCUGGAGCGAUGUCUGCUGCCGGAGCUCAGUGUCGGAGACUGGCUGCUCUUCAGCAACGCUGGAGCCACAUUCAGUAACGGAGAGGAGCACAACCCACCCGUCUUCUACAGCAUCACUGAAUCCGACUGGCAAGAGCUUCAUAAUUGUGGCAUCACGUUGGACGUGAGGAUGAAGAAUUUCUCUCUGGUACCAUGCUGCCUGCAAGCAAACAUAUCUGAAGCAUCCCUUUCCACCCCGGCGUGACGUAAAGCCUCUUAAAAGUCAUUAUUUUGACUGAGUUUAAGCACUUACGAACCUGGAAUCUUCUAAGAAGCUUCAGUUGCUUUGAAGAAGUUUAACUGCGACCAGAUCUUAACAAUAACUGAUGGAUAUACAGCAGAUAGAUGCGAUUAGCUUUAACAAAUGGCACUGUCGGUGUAUACAGAUACACUUAAUUACAUUCAAUCCAUUUUAUGAAUAUGUAUACACACACAGUAUUUCCACUUACUAAAGGAAUCAGUCAUGUACCCAAAAGGCGAAGUUAUUUAUUAAAACUAAAGUCUGGUUUCAUGACGCCAUUAGACGCUUUUAAAGAGACAUGCACUUGUUUUUUGUUAUUUGUAUUAAUGAACUGGAAAAUUGUGAUCUUUGUCCUGUUUGAAACUGUUGUGGGAAUAGUUCAGGAAGAGCACUGUGAUAUGGACAAAAUACAAGGGAAACUUUCUAAACUGUUGAAAUCUUAGGCAUAAAACGCACUUUUAAGGAAUAGUUCACCCAGAAAUGAAAAUUUGCUGCACAUGUACUCGACUGAUAUUUCUUCCUCAGGUUUGGAGAAAUGUAGCAUUGCAUCAGUGUCUCAUCAAUGGAUGCACUGCAGUGAAUGGGUGCCGUCAGAAUGAGAGUCUUAUAAAGACAUCACAAUAAUCCACAGCAGUCCAUCAGUGAACAUCUGGAGAAGACAAAAGAUGAAACCAAGACAUUUUGAUCUGUGCAGAUUUCUCUCCUGAUUCAGACAAAACAAACUUUAAAAAAAAAUGUAUGCAGAGGACUGGUAUUUUAGCCAGAAACAACAGUUGAAAGUUAAAACAUUUUAAUGUUUUGCUGGAUUAUUGUGAUGUUUUUAUCAGACUCUCAUUCUGACGGCACCCAUUCACUGCAGAGCAUCCAUUGAUGAGACACUGAUGCAUUGCUUUUGAACUAUUCCUUUUUAGGUAUGCAAAUGUGGACACAAAGUGUCUAGUUGUUCACAUGCUUGCAUUGCCGUGACAAGCAAGUUCCUACAUUGAAAUGAAAAGACGUGUGCGGCUGCAUUUUUUAAAGCAGUAUUACACAAAAUUAGGAAGUGUCUUGCUUGUUUCAGGCCUUUUGUAAGCAGUAGUGUAUUCGUGUCGUGCUGUGCAUUAUCUCAGCAUCACACGUGUGCUCUGUCCAGGAUGUCUCUGGUGUUGUGUAAGUUUGUCUGAGAAUGUGCUGAAGACGGUCCGAGCAAGUGCUGCUGGUUGAAGCGAGAGGAAGCUGUUAUAAUGCUCUUUACCUGCAAGAGAAAGCAAUGGACUGUGCAACACCGAACGGGAGUUAGACAAAUGAAACGUUUGUUCAGUGUCGGAGCAUAAAUUAUUGACUGUUUGCCGUUUACAGCAUUUACCUUCUUGACAAAGAUCAGCUGUCAAUAAAAUGGUUUUAAUGGC